CUUGCUAUAUACUCCGAUUUCAGAGCACUGGUCUGAGGCUGCCAGAUGGAAGAAUAAUUGAUGACAAACGAACGCUCAACACCCCUUGACAACGGCCGGUGUCAGUAAACUUCGGCAAAAAAAGCGUAAUGAAAUUGUUGCCUGUAGCACAGUUAAAGUCACCAAUGCUUUGGAUAACAUGAACACAGCCUAACCAGCUCUGCUAAGGCGAGUAAAAUGGUCAGAGUUCUCUCAUUUGUACUGGAAGUAGCUAGCAAGCUAGCCAAUGUUAACCAGUUAGCUUGGAUGCUUGACUGCCGUUGUGAGGUCAGAACGCUUCAAUCAACCCUACUCCUCCGCCAGAGCGUCCAGUGUGGCUCUGAACGCUCAGAGAGCGAUAUGAACUGACAAUCUGACAACGCUCUGAAUUUACGAACGCCCAAGCGCACUCUGGCACUCCAGAUUAAAUUUAAGAUCACACUCAUCAUUUACAAACAAAGCAUUUGUGUUUAGUGAGUCCGCCAGAUCAAAUGCAGUAGGGAUGCGUGAAUUGAACAAUUUUCCUGUCCUGCUAAUCAUUCAACAUCUAACGAGUGCUUUUGGGUGUCAGAGAAAAUGUAUGGAGUAGAAAGUACAUUAUUUUCUUUAGGAAUGUAGUGGAGUAAAACUAGAAGUUGUCGAAAAUAUCAAAAGUAAAGUACAUUUACCCCCAAAAACUACUUACGUAGUACUUAAAAUAUUUGUACUUAAGUACUUUACACCACUGAUUGCAGUGAAUACUGACUGAAGAUGUUCCUCCCUACGAGGCCCAUGAGACUGUGUAGGGAUAUGAAUUGAAGAGAACUGUGACUGAAGGAGUGGGAUGUUUUUAUUUUUGUAUUUUGUUUUGAUGUCGUUGCUUCUGCAAUGAACAUGUAUUUAUUUCUACAGUUUACUAACCGUACAGUAGGUGGCGGUAGACACGUUAUAUUUGUGUAAAUGUCAGUAUACCAGAGAAGAAGAGGACGAUGUUGCACUGUCGUAAUGGGGAACAGGAAGUUCCGGGUAGAAAACGACAGAACUGUGUUAUGUUGAUAGUGGUUGUGUCCGUUUCAACUGUAUUAUUGUAGGUAUGUAAUAGCACGUUUAAAGUUUCUAAUGUCAAAAGAAUAUAUAAUAUGAUAUGUAACAAAUUCGUCAAGGUAUUAUCACGUUUGGUAAUCUUUUUAAUUGUAUGUGUUAUUUUGGGGUCUAACCGAGUGAGUGAAGAACGUGAUUAAAAACGAUUUUACAAGUCACUUAGGUAGACUUUGGGUUUGUCUGAGUGUAUGUACCUAAUUUCGUCAAAGUAAUUUCAUAAAGAUUCCACUUAUUUGAGUUCGUUUUUACAUGUUCUUGGAUUUGUGUAACAUGUUGUUUAUGAGCUGGUAAAUAGCCUCGUCCGAACCAUCCUGAUCUCGCGAGUUUACAUACACUGUUUCGUGAAUGUAAGCUCGCGAAAUCAGGAUGGUUCGGAAGUCAAAUGGCGGCGUCAACGGUUUCGGUCGUCUCUCUAGGCGUUUGCUCGUGGUGAAAUGGCGACACGAGGCUGUGUGAUGGAGUGUCAAAAUAGAGGGAAGCUAACUGAAGAUAUCCUUCACCAUUUGGAGAGCUGACUCAGAUUAAGUCUGAGGCCGGUAACAUCAACAGUGAGGACAAACCCAGCCUGCCAUUCUCCUUCCACACUGAGUAGAAACCUACAGUCACUGGGUCCUGAUUGUGACAGUGGAGCCCAGUUUGCACUGCAGGAUCCAGAGAUGGCAUCAGUGAAGCUGGAGGACUGCAGUCAAACACUGGAGCUGAAUGUCAACAUUAAAGAUGAAGAAGAAGAGGAGGAGAAGAUUAGAACAACUGUUAGUCAUGGAUACCAUGUUGAGACAUUCUCUACAUCCAGAGAGCAACAGCAGGAAGAUCAGAGAGAUAAGAGGUCUCAUCACUGCCCACAUUGUGAAGAGAUUUUCCCAUUUCUAUCAAAGCUAAAAAUACACCUAAAAAUACACACAGGAGAUAAGCCUUACUCCUGCCCUGACUGUGUGGCGAGUUUCUCUCAACUUUCCGGCUUAAAAACACAUGAACGUAUACAUACAGGAGAGAAGCCUUACGUCUGCCCUGACUGUGGAACUAGUUUCUCUCAACUUUCCAACUUAAAAACACAUGAACGUAUACAUACAGGAGAGAAGCCUUACUCCUGCUCUGACUGUGGGGCGAGUUUCUCUCAACUUUCCACCUUAAAAACACAUGAACGUAUACACACAGGAGAGAAGCCUUACGUCUGCCCUGACUGUGGAACUAGUUUCUCUCAACUUUCCAACUUAAAAAUACAUGAACGUAUACAUACAGGAGAGAAGCCUUACUCCUGCUCUGACUGUGGAAAACGUUUUAAAAGAUACGCUGAGCUAAAAGGUCAUCAGAGAACACACACAGGAGAGAAGCCUUACGUCUGCUCUGACUGUGGAACUUGUUUCUCUCAACUUUCCAACUUAAAAUCACAUGAACGUGUACAUACAGGAGAGAAGCCUUACUCCUGCUCUGACUGUGGAAAACGUUUUAAAAGAUACGCUGAGCUAAAAGGUCAUCAGAGAACACACACAGGAGAGAAGCCUUACGUCUGCCCUGACUGUGGGGCGAGUUUCUCUCUUCUGGGCACCUUAAAAAGACACCAACGUAUACACACAGGAGAGAAGCCUUACGUCUGCCCUGACUGUGGAACUAGUUUCUCUCAACUUUCCACCUUAAAAACACAUGAACGUAUACAUACAGGAGAGAAGCCUUACGUCUGCUCUGACUGUGGAUUACGUUUUAAAAGAUACGCUCAGCUAAAAAGUCAUCAGAGAACACACACAGGAGAGAAGCCUUACGUCUGCUCUGACUGUGGAACUUGUUUCUCUCAACUUUCCAACUUAAAAUCACAUGAACGUGUACAUACAGGAGAGAAGCCUUACUCCUGCUCUGACUGUGGAAAACGUUUUAAAACAUGCGCUCAGCUAAAAGUUCAUCAGAGAACACACGCAUGAGAGAAGCCUGCUUACGUCUGCUCUGACUUUUGGGUGAGUUUCUCUCACCAUAGCAUCUUAACACACCAAUGUAUACACACAGGGGAGAAGCCUUACUCCUGCUCUGUGGAGGGGUUGGCGUGUAAGUCAAACGUCUAACCAAAAGCUGCGUGUUUGAAUCUUAUCAAGGAGGACUUUAGCAUUAUAGCUCAUAGCAACUUUGUAACUACUUAUUACUUUUUAGCUAUGUUAGCAUGUUCGCUAAUCUUUUCCCUAAACCAUUUAACUCUACCUUAAAACUUCUUAGGGCUGCAAUCCCGAUAACGGGAUCGAUAUGACAACAGCCAGUGGAAGUGCAGGGCGCCAAAUUCAAAAAACAAAUCUAAUAAUUCAAAUUCCUCAGACAUACAUGUCUUAUACCAUUUUAAAAGGUAAUCUUGUUGUUAAUCCCACCAAAUUGUCCGAUUUUUAAAUAUGCUUUUCAGCGAAAGCACCACAAACGAUUAUGUUAGGUCACACCAAACCACAAUAAGCACAGCCAUUUUUCCAGCCAAAGAUAGGAGUCACAAAAAGCACAAAUAGAGAUAAAAUGAAUCACUAACCUUUGAUGAUCUUCAUCAGAUGACACUCAUAGGACUUCAUGUUACACAAUACAUGUAUGUUUUGUUUGAUAAAGUUCAUAUUUAUAUAAAAAAAUCUGAGUUUACAUUGGCGCGUUACAUUCACUAGUUCCAAAAACAUCCAGUGAUUUUGCAUAGCCACAUCGAUUCAACAGAAAUACUCAUCAUAAAUGUAGAUGAUUAUACAAGGUAUACACAUGGAAUUAUAGAUAUACCUCUCCUUAAAGCAACUGCUGUGUACGAUUUUCAAAAAUACUUUACGGAAAAAGCAAACCAUGCAAUAAUCUGGGACGGCGCUCAGAACAAUAGUCAAAUUAGCCGCCAUGUUGGAGUCAACAGAAACCGGAAAUUACAUGAUAAAUGUUCCCUUACCUUUGAUCUUCAUCAGAAUGCACUCCCAGGAAUCCCAGGUCCACAAUAAAUGCUUGAUUUGUUCGAUAAUGUCCGUUAUUUAUGUCCAAUUAGCUACUUUUGUUAGCGCGUUUGGUAAACAAUUCCAAAGUCACGAAGCUGACGAAAUGUCCAAAAGUUCCGUAACAGUCAGUAGAAACAUGUCAAACGAUGUAUUGAAUCAAUCUUUAGAAUGUUGUUAACAUAAAUCUUGAAUAACGUUCCAACCGGAGAAUUACAUUGACUUCAGAUGAGCGAUGGAUCAGAGCUCCCUCUUAUGUGAACGCACGCGCAUGGUCAAAGAAUGGUCAGGUCAUGGCAGACCUGACUAAUUCCUCUUUCAUUCGACCCCCCUUCAGUUCUACAGACGGUUGACAUCUAGUGGAAGCCGUAGGAAGUGAAAACUCAUUCAUAUCUCGCUGUGAUUUCAAUGGGAUCUUGGUUGAAAAUCGACCAGCCUAAUAAUUUCCAGUUCCUGUUUGGAUUUUUUCUCAGGUUUUUGCCUGCCAUAUGAGUUCUGUUAUACUCACAGACAUAAUUCAAACAGUUUUAGAAACUUCAGAGUAUUUUCCAUCCAAUACUAAUAAUAAUAUGCAUAUACAGUGGGGAGAACAAAUAUUUGAUACACUGCCGAUUUUGCAGGUUUUCCUACUUACAAAGCAUGUAGAGGUCUGUAAUUUUUAUCAUAGGUACACUUCAACUGUGAGAGACGGAAUCUAAAACAAAAAUCCAGAAAAUCACAUUGUAUGAUUUUUAAGUAAUUAAUUUGCAUUUUAUUGCAUGACAUAAGUAUUUGAUCACCUACCAACCAGUAAGAAUUCCGGCUCUCACAGACCUGUUAGUUUUUCUUUAACCUCUACAGAGUACCUAACCCGGAUCCGGGAGCACCCCCCACCCCCCCCACACUGAUUAGCAUCGCUAGCAUAGCGUCACAAUUAAAUAGUAGCAUCUAAAUAUCAUUAAAUCACAAGUCCAAGACACCCAAUGAAAGACACAGAUCUUGUGAAUAAAACCACCAUUUCAGAUUUUUUAAAUGUUUUACAGGGAAGACACAAUAUGUAAAUCUAUUAGCUAAACACGUUAGCAAAAGACACCAUUUUCUUACUCCAUCAGGUGCUAUCACCAAUUCGGCUAAACUAAGAUAUUGAUAGCCACUAACCAACAAACAAAUUCAUAAGAUGACAGUCUGAUAACAUAUUUAUGGUAUAGCAUAGUUUUUUUUUUUAAAUGUGCAUUUUUCAGGUAUAAAUCACAGUUCUACAUUGCAGCUGGAAUCUGAUAUAGUGCUGAUGCAGCUAGAACAAUUACAGAGACCAACGUUAUAUAACUAAUUACUUGUCUUAAAACAUUUCAGAAAAAAUACACAGCGUACAGACAUUGAAAGCCCAACAUCUGGUGAAUCCAAACAAUAUUUCAGAUUUAUUAAAUGUUUUAUAGCGAAAACAAAAUGUAGCGCUAAAUUAGCAUAACCAGGCCAGCCAGAACCAGCUGGGCGCGCCCGACCAGUUCACAUGCACGACAGAUAUAUGAAAUAACAUCGUAAAUUGGGUCUUACUAUUGCUGAUCUUUCAUCAGAAUGUUGAUCAAGGUGUCCUUACUCCUGAUGAGUCGUUCAAUCCAUUCACAAUGGCAACUUCCCCUCUUCAUUUAGCCUGGGUACUGGUCGACUGGCACGGUCCCUGUCCAAAGUUAAAAAACUCAAAGAACGGAACACGGCAAAACUCCCGAAAAAAUUCUAAUAAUCUGAUUAAACUAUAUUGAAAAAACAUACAUUAAGAUGAUAUGGUCACAUGUAUCAAACAAACUUCGAGACGGAGAUAGUUUUCAUCCGUAACGUCAGCAUAACAAAAGACAAUGGCACCUCUAAAACGCGCGUUUCAGAAAACCGGAAGUUGUCGGUCACGCUAAAGAAAUAGGUCUUAUUUCACGUCAGUACAAGAUAAACAAAAAAUUUCUCCUCUGACAACUUCCUGACACCCAGAGGAAGACGAAUGAAGUGUGUUUCGGGUCAUAGGUGGCAUGACCAUAUAUAGGCAGAGCGUUGAAGCGAGCAUACACAUCUUGCAAUCUUCUUCUGGCUCAGGGAAAGUGCUGUGAAAUGACCUGUGUUUCACUCAGAGACAAAAUUGGAACGGUUUUAGAAACCAUAGCUUGUUUUCUAUCCAAUGGUAUAUGGUUAUAUGCAUAUAGUAACAGCAAUAAUUGAAUAAGAGGCAGUUUAAUCUGUAGAGGCAAUUAUGCUAAUGCGAAACAGCACCCCCUGUAUUCUCAAGAAGUUAAGAAGCCCUCCUGUUCUCCACUCAUUACCUGUAUUAACUUCACCUGUUUGAACUCGUUACCUGUAUAAAAGACACCUGUCCACACACUCAAUCAAACAGACUCCAACCUCUCCACAAUGGCCAAGACCAGAGAGCUGUGUAAGGACAUCAGGGAUAAAAUUGUAGACCUGCACAAGGCUGGGAUGGGCUACAGGACAAUAGGCAAGCAGCUUGGUGAGAAGGCAACAACUGUUGGCGCAAUUAUUAGAAAAUGGUAGAAGUUCAAGAUGACGGUCAAUCACCCUCGGUCUGGGGCUCCAUGCAAGAUCUCACCUCGUGGGGCAUCAAUGAUCAUGAGGAAGGUGAGGUAUCAGCCCAGAACUACACUGCAGGACCUGGUCAAUGACCUGAAGAGAGCUGGGACCACAGUCUCAAAGAAAACCAUUAGUAACACACUACGCCGUCACGGAUUAAAAUCCUGCAGCGCACGCAAGGUCCCCCUGCUCAAGCCAGCGCAUGUCCAGGCCUGUCUGAAGUUUGCCAAUGACCAUCUGGAUGAUCCAGAGGAGGAAUGGGAGAAGGUGAUGUGGUCUGAUGAGACAAAAAUAGAGCUUUUUGGUCUAAACUCCACUCGCCGUGUUUGGAGGAAGAAGAAGGAUGAGGACAACCAAGAACACCAUCCCAACCGUGAAGCAUGGAGGUGGAAACAUCAUUCUUUGGAGAUGCUUUUCUGCAAAGGGGACAGGGCGACUUCACCGUAUUGAGGGGAGGAUGGAUGGGGCCAUGUAUCGCGAGAUCUUGGCCAACAACCUCCUUCCCUCAGUAAGAGCAUUGAAGAUGGGUCGUGGCUGGGUCUUCCAGCAUGACAACAACCCGAAACACACAGCCAGGGCAACUAAGGAGUGGCUCCGUAAGAAGCAUCUCAAGGUCCUGGAGUGGCCUAGCCAGUCUCCAGACCUGAACCCAAUAGAAAAUCUUUGGAGGGAGCUGAAAGUCCGUAUUGCCCAGCGACAGCCCCGAAACCUGAAGGACCUGGAGAAGGUCUGUAUGGAGGAGUGGGACAAAAUCCCUGCUGCAGUGUGUGCAAACCUGGUCAAGAACUACAGGAAACGUAUGAUCUCUGUAAUUGCAAACAAAGGUUUCUGUACCAAAUAUUAAGGUCUGCUUUUCUGAUGUAUCAAAUACUUAUGUCAUGCAAUAAAAUGCUAAUUAAUUACUUAAAAAUCAUACAAUGUGAUUUUCUGGAUUUUUGUUUUAGAUUCCUUCUCUCACAGUUGAAGUGUACCUAUGAUAAAAAUUACAGACCUCCACAUGCUUUGUAAGUAGGAAAACCUGCAAAAUCGGCAGUGUAUCAAAUACUUGUUCUCCCCACUGUAUUAGAAACUAUGAUUGAGGAGCAGGCCGUUUACUCUGUGCACCUUUCAUCCAAGCUACUCAAUACUGCCCCUGCAGCCACAAGAAGUUGAACCCCUCACCCCUAACCUAGCUAAAGUUAGCAAGAACAAAUUGGAAUUCGUAACAUAUCAUACAUAUAUUACAAGUUUGUAACAAUUUUGUAUGAAUAUCAAUGCGUAAAAUAACAUUCGAAUUGUAAUUCAUAACAUACGAUACGUCAAAUUAUACUGAAUAACAAUCUAAACGCAACAAUUUCAAAGAUUUACAGUUCGUAUAAGGAAAUCAGUCAAUUGAAAUAAAUGAGGCCCUAUUCUAUGGAUUUCACAGGACUGGGCAGGGGCUCAGCCAUGGGUGGGGUUUGGGAGGGCAUAGGCCCACUUGGGAGCCAGGCCCAGCCACUCAGCAUGAGUUUUUCCCCAGAAAAGGUCUUUAUUACAGAAAGAAAUACGACUCAGACCCCUCCCAGACAAUCCUGCAGGUGAAGAGGUCCUGGGCUGCCGUGGUUACAUGUGAUCUGCAGUUGAGGCCGGUUGGAUGUACUGCCAAAUUCUCUAAAAGGAUGUUUGUUAUGGGAUUUUUGUGUUUAAUGACUAAAAUAUGUAUACAUUUGACUUAGAUGUUACUGUAUGAAUGAAACUUAUUAUAAUCAUAAUGCUGAGUGUAAUAUGUUCCUUGUUAGAAAGAAUGGGUUUAUCUUCAGACAGGCUAGAAUUAUGUCUCUACCCAGGGAGGGGAAAGACCUUGGGUUGGUUGCAGAUAGUUGAACAGGUGGCAGACAGUAAUGAGAACUGUACUGUACUGCCAUUGUAUCCAAGAGGAGGAUGGACAUAAACCUAUGACAUCAUCUUUAUUAUAUAACCUGAUGUAAAAUGUAUUAUGAUCAGUACUCUCGAGAAUAAACGCUAUUGAUUGAUUGAUUUUAAGACUGGUUUCUGUCCAUUUGGCUGAUAAUUAUCUUACAAAUUCUUAUUUAUGGGCAGAGUGUUUUAAUUUAAUUGGUUGAUAAACAUAGGAAUUAAAUUCCUUUAACAAUGUUAGAGGUGUCUUAUGGUAGAGAUAUAAAUAUUGAGUUCUCUGGCAACAGCUCUGGUGGACAUUCUUGCAGUCAUCAUGACAAUUGCACAUUCCCUAAAUUUGAGACAUCUGUGAUGUUGUGUGGCCUUUUAUUGUCCCCCAGCACAAGGUGCACCUGUGUAAUGAUAAUGCUGUUUUAUCAGCAUCUUGAUAUGCCACACCUGUCAGGUGGAUGGAUUAUCUUGACAAAGGCUGAAAUGCUCACUAACAGGGAUAUAAACAAAGUUGUGCACAACAUUUGAGAGACAUUAGCUUUUUGUGCAUAUGGAACAUUGCUGGAUUUUAUUUCAGCUCAUGAAACCAACACUUUACAUGUUUAGUUUAUAUUUUAGUUCAGUUUAUUUACUGUGAUAGUCCAAUGUAAUGUUACCUAACAUACUAAAUGGAGUGGCAUGGAUGUUUUUUAUAUAAUAUAAUACGUUUUGCUCUGAGACCAGGUUGUCCCUCUGCAGUAUUCUGUGGGAAGGAGCUAGUAUACACUUUCUUUUAAUUUAUUGAACCUUUGUUUAACUAGGCAAGUCAGUUAAGAACAAAUUCUUAUUUACAAUGAUGGCCAAGGAACAGUGCCUUGUUCAGAGGAAGAACAACAGAUUUUUACCUUGUCAGCUCGGGCAUUCGAUCUAGCAACCUUUUGGUUACUGGCCCAAUGCUCUAACCACUAGGCUACCUUCCGCCCCUAACAUGUAUCAGAUAGAGAUGGUGUGAUGAUCACUUUUCAUCACUAGUUUGGGGGGGGGAUUGUUUUACAACUUUAUUUAAUGAUACACAGUUUAUGAAAUGAAUACAUGUGUUUAUUAAUUGUCUUUAAAGCUACAUGAGUUAUUUUAGUUACUGAUCAUGAAUGUGUUUGGAUAACUGCAUUGAAGAAAACGUUAUUGAUCUGCCAAUGAAAAAUAAAGUUACAUGAAUAUGUA